AUGAAGCUCUCCGCAGCCCAAUUGCUCCUUGCCGGAGCCAGCUUCACAGCUGCUCUGCCUCAUCUCGACAGCCCGCGCCAGCGUCUGCUCAAUGGCAUGGAUCUGCCCUCCAAGUACGGUGAAAACAGCAAGCCCUACACUCCCGGCCACCGCGAUGCCGAGGACAACUACGUCGAUGCCGUUGGCAAGAAGCUGGACCCCAAGCCCUGGCGAAACGGAUUCGGAGCUUCGGUUCUGGGACCUUACAACCGCGACCGAUCGCGUCAGAGCCCCGACAUGAUCCGCCCGCCUAGCACUGAUCACGGCAACAUUGCCAACAUGCGAUGGAGUUUUACUGAUUCUCACGUGCGAAUUGAGGAAGGAGGCUGGACCCGACAGACGACCAUCCGUGAGCUCCCCACCAGUGUUGAGCUCGCCGGAGUCAACAUGAGACUCGACAAGGGCGUCAUCCGUGAGCUUCACUGGCACAAGGAGGCCGAAUGGGCCUACGUGCUGGACGGUGAGGUGCGCGUCACUGCUCUCGACUACGAGGGCGGCAACUUCAUCGACGACCUGAAGAAGGGUGACCUGUGGUACUUCCCCAGCGGUGUGCCUCACUCUCUGCAGGGUCUCGGUGAGAACGGAACCGAGUUCCUCAUCAUUUUCGAUGACGGCAACUUUUCCGAGGAGUCGACCUUUAUCCUGUCUGACUGGCUUGCUCACACCCCCAAGUCCGUCAUCGCCGAAAACUUCCACCUCGCUCCUGAGCUCUUCGACCACCUCCCCGCCGGCGAGAAGUACAUCUUCCAGGGCUCUGUGCCCGGCUCCAUCGAGGACGAGGCGCCCAAGGGCAAGAACGUCAAGAAGUCCAACUACCAGUUCACCCACAAGAUGCUGGACCAGGAGCCCAAGAAGACGUCCGGUGGCCAGGUGCGCAUCACUGACUCCAAGAACUUCCCCAUCUCCAAGACCGUGGCCGCUGCCCACGCCGUCAUCGAGCCCGGCGCGAUCCGCGAGAUGCACUGGCACCCCAACGCCGACGAGUGGUCCUUCUUCAUCAGCGGCCGCGCCCGUGUUACCAUCUUCGCCUCCGAGGGUACCGCCCGUACCUUUGACUACGUCGCCGGUGACGUCGGCAUCGUCCCCCGCAACAUGGGCCACUUUGUCCAGAACAUUGGCGACGAGCCCGUGGAGAUGCUCGAGAUCUUCCGCGCCGACGAGUUCCGUGACUUCUCCCUCUUCCAGUGGAUGGGUGAGACUCCUCAGCGACUUGUCCUGGACCACCUCUUUGCCGACGACAAGGAGGCCGGUGAGAAGUUCUGGGAGCAGGUCAAGGACGCCAAGAAGGACGAGAUUACGAAAUAA